AUGUCACCCUCGGAUCAGGGGAAAGGUCCCCAAAACCCCGAGCCAAGGUCCUAUGAUGCAGACUCGAUUGGUGAAUCGGUGUCAUCGGUAGACACGCAGACCGAUCAUGAUGCGCUGGGGAAGACACUGACGGCCCGCGCCUCGCGGACCUCGCAUAUGUCUCUCUCCGAGCGGGUAACAACCAUUGCAACCAAUGCCACCGCCGAUCCCGACUAUGAGGUGGAUUGGGAUGGUGACGAGGACCUAGAGAACCCCAAGAACUGGAGUCUCGGGUACAAAGCCAUGGGGAUUCUAUUCCUCUCGUGGAACACACUCAUCGUCGUGCUGUAUUCAACUUCCUAUACUUCGGGAACGGCACUCAUCGCCGAGGAGUUUGGGCAGAACGAAACCAUCGUCACCCUGGGAUUGACCUUCUACCUGAUUGGGUUGGCUAUCGGCUCCAUGUUCAUGGCCCCGUUGAGUGAAGUAUAUGGCCGCAAGCCCGUCUGCGUCAUUUGCCUGGCGGUGUUCACGGUACUGAUCAUCCCCUGUGCGCUGGCGAAAUCCGUCACGACACUCAUCGUCGUGCGCUUCAUCGGGGCGUUUUUCGGCAGUGUGAUGAUCUCCACGGCUCCGGGCAUGGUGGCCGAUCUGGUGGAUGAUGAGCAUCGCGCCUUGGCUAUCUCCAUUUGGAGUAUUGGCCCGUUGAACGGACCAGUACUCGGGCCUGUGAUUGGUGGUUUCGUCACUCAAUAUCUGGGCUGGCGUUGGAUGUGCUGGAUUGCUCUCAUUCUGUCUGCGAUUGCGUUGCUAUUUGCCAUUCUGCUCAAGGAGACAUAUGCACCGACGUUGCUGCAGAAGAAAGCAGCCAAGCGCCGCGAGGAGAGUGGCGAGUCUCGCUGGUGGUGUCGCUAUGACCAAACCGCCGGUCUGUAUGAGGUCCUGAAGUUGAAUCUGAGUCGUCCUUUUGUCAUGGCGGUCACCGAGCCCAUCUGCAUCUUCUGGGACAUCUACAUUGCGAUCAUCUACGGGAUCCUCUAUCUCUGUUUCGUAGCCUAUCCGAUCGUCUUCCAGGACAUCCGAGGCUGGGACCUCGGGAUAUCAGGCCUCGCCUUCCUCGGAAUCGGCAUCGGUGUGGUCCUCACCAUUGCCUGCGAGCCCCUGAUCCGCCGUCUGAUCAACAUGCAUGCCCCAGACCCAGAGACCGGGAAGCCGCCUCCUGAAGCCGCAGUGUCGUUCGUCUGCAUCUGCGCCCUCAUUAUCCCAGUCGGUGAGCUUUGGUUUGCCUGGACCUGCUCCCCGGCGUCCAUUCAUUGGAUAGCCCCCCUGCUAGCGGGUAUUCCGUUUGGCGCGGGUAACACCGGCGUCUUCAUUUACGCUUCCAACUACCUGACGCACAGUUAUGGCAUGUAUGCUGCCUCUGCGCUAGCUGGGAACUCAGUUAUUAGAAGUAUUCUCGGCGGUGUGUUGCCGCUCGCUGGCUCCGCGAUGUAUAACAGCCUGGGGCCGAACUGGGCCGGCACCCUUCUGGGUUUGUUGGAGGUUUUGAUCGUGCCGAUUCCGUUUGUGUUCUAUAAGUAUGGACACAAGAUUCGUAUGAAGAGUCCAUUGAUUGUGCGAAUGCAGGAGGAGAAGACCAAGUUGGAAGGGAAGCGGGCUAAGAGAGCGCUUCAGCUGGCUAACGCUAAUCGUGUGGAUGAGAAGGAGGAGGUUUGA